UUUUUUAAAAAAAAAAUACUAUUAUUAAAAUCCACAUUCAUCCAUAAUAAUAAAAGGGAAAUUUCAAUUUUUGAUCCUAAUAAAAUACCCCAUUUCAAAAUAUAUACCCUCCACUAAUUUAUACAAAUUAAUUCCACUAUUACUCAUUUGUACCCAAAAUACCCCUCAAAUUUAAUUUUCCUAUUCACACUCUCUUUCCGUCUUUCCCUCUCUUUCACUCUCUCUCUCUCUCUCUGUCGUUCCAUCUCUCUCUCUGUCGUUCCCUAUCCCUCUUCGACAUCGACCCAACAUCACGACCCACUCCGGCCAUCCACCCACGUCCCCGACCCACUCCGGCCAUCCACCCACGACCCCGACCCAACCACGAACCACCACGGACCACCACCACGACCCAGUGACCACCACGAACCACCACGAACCACCACGGACCACAAAACGUCGCCACCACCAGCACCCGUGAUCGUCGACACCGAACAGAGGCCUUCGCCACCACGAGCAGUACCCGUCGCCACCACCACCCGUGAUCACACUACAAGAAAAGGGCUUUUUGCCGGCGCAUUUGGUGACAUGCGCCGGCAAAAGUUGUCGACACAAACAAAUAUAUAGAAUCCCAAUUUUUUUUGGGUUUACUUUUGCCGGCGCAUAUGUGCGCCGGCAAAACAUAUCUAUACCGGCGCUAUCAAGUUAAAUGCGCCGGUAAAACGUGAAAACAUUAGGCGCGAGAAUUUGCCGCCUUUGAUUUCAUUUUUGGGGCGCAUUUAUACUUUUGCCGGCGCACAUUUGCGCCGGUAAAAGUAACCAAAUUUAUUGGAGGGGAAAUUCCCGCGUGGGUUUUAUGUGGUAGGUGGGGCCACUUUUGCCGGCGCACUUAUGCGCCGGCAAAAGUGUUAAGUGAAACGCGCGUUUUGCCUUAGGUCAGAAAUAAUUUUUUUUAAAUACUUUUACCGGCGCAAUUGGAUGCGCCGGUAAAAGAUGUGAUAUGUAUCAGGGGCUUCGAAGCCCCCUUUCUUCCCCUCCAUUUCAUUUUCUGCAAACACAGCAGCCACCCCCUCACCCCCUCUCCUUUUCUCUCUCAAGCCCACUCCCCUUCUCUCUUGUUUUCCCUCUCAAUCUCUCUCAAUCUUUGUAAUUUCUCUCAAAAUCUAUCUCCCCCACUCAAUCCCUCUAAUUUCCCAUUAUUUUUUUCCCCAAAUAAAAAAUCCGACCACACUCCGACGACACCACCGGCGGCUGCACCACCGCACCACCACUACCGUCCGCAUCACCGCACCGCCCAACGCACCUGUUCAAGGUAUUUUUUAUUUUUUUUUUCUAUUGAAUAAAUAUUUAGAUUUGUAUAUAUGUGUAUGUGUAUAUGGUAGAUAUGUUUGUAUAUGUGUAUGUGUAUGUAUGUAUGUAUUUAUAUGUAUGUGAGUGUAUAUACGUAUAUGUGUGUAUGUGUAUGUAUGUAUAUUUGUGUAUGUGUAUGUAUGUAUGUAGGUAUAUAUGUGUAUGUGUAUGUAUUUAUAUAUGUAUGUAUGUAUGUAUGUAUGCAUGAAUAUAUGUAUGUAAAUAUGUAUGUGUAUGUAUGUAUAUAUGAAUGUAUGUAUGUAUGUAAAUAUGUAUGUAUAUAUGUGUGUAUGUAUGUAUAUAUGUAUGUAAACAUAUAUAUGUAUAUAUGUAUGUAUGGGUGUGUAUAAGUGUAUGUGAGUUUAUGUGUAUGUGUAUGUGUGUGUAUGUGUAUAAGUGGGUGUAGGUGAAUAGCUAUGUGUAUGUGAGUGUAUAUACUAAUAUAUGUGUGUAUGUGUUGAUAUGUAUUUAGGUAUUAAAUUUUUAAUUUGAUUUUACUUUUUUAUGUAAUUAGGUCCGUGUUCAACCGCUCGGGAUUACCGCAAGCUGCCACAAGUUGUUAUUUUUUCACUCGAUUCAGGUAUAUUUUUUUGCUUUCACUUAGUACGUAGUGUUAUUUUUUUGCUUUCAACCGCUCAUGUGUAUGUGAGUGUUAUUUUUUUGAUCUACUACAUUCCUGAUUUAAAGAACGGUAAAGACUGGCUGAUUGUAAAUGAGUACAUACCGCGCAAUGUUUGGGACUUCCCGGACACGGAUGGGGAGACACCCUUUGUACAGGAAAACAAUUCAGCUGAAACCGAGUUCGUUGUUCAACUUCCACAGUUGGAUGAUGUUGACUAUGUUCGCCAUGAUGUCGACCCAACUGAAGUUGCAAACAUCCAUCGUGUGAAUUCACAGCCUCAACAAUUAGAUGAUUUCAUUGUCGAUGAUGACAACGAGGGUCUAAAUACCGAAGAAGACAACUCCUUAGAAUUAGAGAGUGACAGUGAUGAUAAUGCUGUAUAUGUAACUGAUGAUGAGGAUGAUGAAUUGUAAUUGACAUAGUGUUUUAAAUAAAAUAAAAAUUACAACCCUUCUUCUUUAAUAUGUUUGCAAUAUGUUAGUUUAUUUUAAAUAAACAAUAUGUGUUGUAUAUGUAGUAUGUCUACACCAGGUGGCAGCAGUUCGAAAAAGAAAGGCGUCAGAGGUAAAUACAAGGGCAAGAAUGUUGAGGAGGAGCUCUCCAAAACACAAUCUGCCAAGUUACCGAUUGAGGUGCACGCAGAGACUGGCACCCCCGUAGGCAAAAACGGUAAAAAAUUCAACAAUAUGGCCAAAUGGAUGACUCGGAUGUCUAUCCCCAUUAAUAAAUUCAAAUGGGAAGAUGUCAGUAGAGCUGACAUCAACGCACUCUGGGAUAGACUUGAGACCAAGUUUAUCCUCCCACGAGAUAACCCUACAUUCGUAGACUACGGUGAGUACGAGAUGUCAAAGGGUUUACGUGACUGGAGGGCAGACUGCAAGAAGAAGUGGAUACAAAACAUUGAGGAGCUUGGACAGGAGAGGGCCGACAUGUCACCUCCUGAGGGAGUAACUCAAGAGGUGUGGAGUGACUGCAUCGCUUAUUGGAGCACAGACAAACAAAAGGCGAGAGCAGCGAAAAAUAAAGAAAGUCGGGGUAAGAUGAAAUUUCUAGGAGGCUGGGGCUCCAAGCCCAUUGUUUCACAUGUUGUCGAAGGGGCUAACCCCGACACAGGAGAACUGCCAACUGCGGUGGAAACUUUUCAAAAGUUUCACCAUAAAGGCAACGAUUGGCGCAACGAGUUCGCGCAACAAGCUUACGUAAGUUUACGUUUUAAUUCAAUUUUUAUUUAUUUCUUUCAAUUUAUUUUGUGUUAAAAUUAACCAUUUAACUUACUUGUUUAAUUGUUUUAGGAGCAAAUGGUUGAAAUAGCGG